AUGCAAUUUACAAUCAUCAAUCCAAGAAAACGAAGACAUGUGUUAAACGACACUUCAGUGAACAUCACAAUACAUGACGUGAGAAAAGAAAUCAUGAGACAGUUUGAACAACUUAUGCCCCUCAAGUACUGCAAGUCAAGUGAAAAGGUUUGUCCUGCAGGAUCCCCCGGACUCCCUGGUACCACUGGGUCGAAGGGACCGCGUGGCAGGAGGGGACCAAAGGGAAAGAAGGGCUCUCAAGGUCCCAUUGGACCACCUGGAAAAUCCGGAAAAACAGGAAUGACGGGUCCUGCGGGACCGAGAGGAGUAAAAGGAGCCCAGGGAGAGCCUGGGCCAAAAGGCAUGCCGGGGCCACCUGGAAGGCCUGGUAAAACGAUAUCUGCACCACAAGUAAUGUUGUCACCGGCAGAACAGACAAGGGAUGAAGGAGGGAAUACGACUUUUUAUUGUACAGUUGGAGGAAAUCCUCCCCCUGUCGUUGAAUGGCGGUGCAAGGGUAGAAAGCUUGUGUCAGGUGCGAAGUAUUUGAUUAAAAAAGGAGAGUUGAUCGUUAGAAACCUGAACUACAGCAACGCUGGACAGUACACUUGUGUCGCUCGAAAUAUUCUUGGAUAUUCUGAGGGCAUUGGCAACUUGUCUGUUCGAGGUAAGAGGUGCAUUAAGUUUGUUAAUAUUAAUAUUAUGCUACUUGAUUUUGUUUAAUUUACACUCUACGCUUCAUGGAUUGAGAAGCAUCAUCGUUUAAUCUUGCAAUUUUGUCUUGUCCCUCUCUUUAAUUCCAUUAAUUUAUAUUCCUUAUUUUUCAUGGACCACUCUGAAUUGUGCGUCCUACACCCGAGACUUUUCUUGCUUGCUUGCGCGAAAAAUAAGAACUGUUCUUAAAGGGUAAGACACGAGAUGAUGAUGAUUAUGAUGAUGAUGACGACGACGAUGAUGAUGAUAUUGAUGAUAGUGAUGAUGAUGAUGAUGAUGAUGAUGAUGAUGAUGAUACACUUAGGUUUUGUGUUUAGAAACACCGGGCAAGAGUUCGAAUCAAGAAUGUUGACUAAAGUAUAGGUUUCACUUCAAAUCAUCAUCAGACAACUAGCUUCGAUGUCAGAACUAUAUAACUAUCUACUGAAGAGACCUAAUGUGAAAGAGUCUGUAAAAACUCAGGACUCAAAGCUAGCCGUGGACUUUUCUUAUUCAAAUGAGGGCCUCUUUUGCUGAAAAUCGCACGUUCCUUCUGUUGUUACAUAUUAUGGUUCAAGGUCUCAAGGUUUGUUUAUAGUGGAAAGUGCAUUUAGCUUAUCCAGCUAGUUUACAUAGACACACCAUUCGACAAAUAAUUAGAAACAAGUAAUCAACAGUAACAAUUAAGAUUAAAAACCCCAUCUAGCGCCGGCGGGAUUCAAUCUGGGUUGGCCUUCUACAGGCGUUCCCAGGAAUUUGAACUUGAGACGCGACCAGAGAACUAAUCCAGCAAGGUUACAAAUGACAUUCGAACCAUACCCCCCCGAGACCCCACCCCCCCUCCCUCCCCGAGUCCGACGUAGUGAUCACCCGACUAGGCUGCCAAUAGAUCGUUUUCACUGUCACGCAACGAAAAAAUAAAUUGGAAACCGUCCAGUGGAAGAGGCCAAGAAAAUGAAAUGUUAUAAAAGACUAAUAUAUAAACAAUUUUUCCAAGUCUCAGGUCUUUGUGGCCCACACUUUCUGAGUUAUUUGCCGAAACGUUUUGUAUGGAUACGCCAUAUUGGUGUACCGUUUUGGUGCACCAAUAUGGCCGCCGGAAAUCAACAAAAACACUCGGAGUUCACUUUUUCUAUAAAAGCUCUUUCUUUUCACUCGAGAACUAGCAAACGUGCGCAUAAACAUAUCUUUUAAUACUUGAAAUGGUUGUACUGUUGAAAAUCAAGAGGAGAGGCCUUUUUUUUACGAGACAGCAUUCCUAUUUUCAUGAUUUUUGUGUCACGCACUAUGGAAACUCAGUCGAAAGUUCAAAUUGCUCUGUUUUCGAAAUGAAACAUGCUACAGGAACGGAAACUUGUACAAAGAUUUACUUUUUGUUUAUCUUCAACCUAUUGUAAAUAAGAAUUCGUACAACCUUGCUAAUGCCUUUACAAUUUGAUGACGUCACUGUGAAAACCAUCUAUUAUCAUUUGCAUAAAUGUAUCGCCUGAGAUACUGAGCGGGUAAUAGUUUUUUCUUAGUAACUAAAAGCGUUAGGAAGAGUCUCUCGAGCAUCUGUUUUCUUACCGAAUUUUCUCAAAACGUUUAGCUUUCAGUAACAGAUACCCAAAUCUUAAUAUAAGACCUUCCUUGCUGUUACUUAAAACCAAGUCAAAGAGCACGUACCAGUUAUAAUUAUUUCUAACCAAACGGAAAUAACUCUCUUAAAAAUAAUGAAAACAAGUGGAAAUCAUUGCUGGCUGCCUUUUCUUUUUCAAUAAAUUAGUUUUUGAAACUGUAAAUAGGUAUUAUAGUACACAUCCUGAGCAUACAUAUAUAUGGAUUCCCUGUUUCGUAAUGAAGUUUGUUAGAAUGUUUUUAAGCGUUUUUAUUAAGCUCAUUAGCUCUAGCUAGCUCUGGGUGUGGAGACUGGGUAAGUAAUGAGUGACAAGAUUUCAAGGAAAGAAAGAGAAUUUUAUUGCCUUUUUCUUUCUAUAAAUUACAAUUUCCUUUUCAGGUCUUCCCAUCUUCACAACAGUUCCACCUUCACUUGUCUCACCGGCACAAGGUACUAAAUUUCAAGCAAAAUGUCAAGCUGAAGGAUAUCCUCGCCCCGUAAUAACCUGGAUUCGAUCGGUACUGUUGCCUUUACCUGCUGGCAGAACUGAGGUAAAUCAAGGUACACUCACCAUUAAGAACUUAAGUCCUGCUGACAGUGGUUUGUACGACUGCGUAGCAACUAACAUUAUGGGUACAAAGAAGACAAGGAUCAACGUGGUAGUGCAACGUCGUUCAGGUUUGUAUUAACCGAUUCUCAUUAGAGGCUAAUUGUUUAUGCGGUCUGUUACCGGUUUAGAGUUGAUUUUCAGUGAUGAGGUAGAACUAUCUGUCUGCCAGGAUUUGCUAAAACGUACCUCCAGCUAUUUUUCCCAACAGUUUCAUUUGAGGCUUGUUUACUAUUUUUCUUUGUUAGGACACUUUCAGUACACAAAUCCUCUAACAAACUACAGUAGACAUAAAAUCUUGUGUUUAGAAUGCUGUUUAUCACAUCUUUCUUCACCCCCCUCCUCUUCGGCCCUUCCCUCCCCAACAACGACCACCACUGCCUGCGAUCAUUUUCCAUAACUCUGUCCGUGCGAUGGAAAAAAAUUUAUUUGAAAUCAACGCGCGCGAUAUAAGUUGUUUUCCGCGGUCGGUUAAUGCUCUAGAUUUCUUUUCGGCCUGGGGUAAAGUUUUCCAGAAGGCAUCAUUAAGCCUUAUGAUGGAAUGAGUAUCAUCACGAUUGGCAAAGUCUGCCGCCAUCCAAAGUAAUUAAGGACGUCAACCAGAAGUGGACUUUUUGCAUCAUUAGGCAGUGGUUUGGUUAAAACUCUCGGGUAAUUGUCUUUAAAAGAAAAAAGAAAGUCGGCAAUGAAAAUGUCAAGUGUUAGCGUCAAGGCGUAUAAAACUUUGGGAGAAGACCUCACUGAGUCCGGUUGACGUGUGUCGCUCAAAAACGUCUUUGCUUAAACUCCCUACAAAAGAUAAUUAUAGUCAGUCAUGCAAAUAAAGUUAUUGUUGGUGUUGUUGUUGUUGUUGUCGUUGCUGUGGCUACACGGGUAAAACACUAACCUCGGGCUCGAAACUUGAAGGUAUUACAUGUAUAUUGCGAGCUCUAUUGCUUUAGGCGGUGACGAGUCCCCGGCCUCAAAAAGUAUGUUGUAGGGGUCAAAUCUAUUCGGCGAGAGCAAAACUAAUGCUGAUUUCUGACAGGGCUUGAGACUUGAGUUAAAAAUUGUUUGGAAGAGGGACACUCUUGCAGCUCUAUGUCGUUAGUCUACAUCCGAGAUCUUAAAUAAAUCGACUGAUUCGCUAUCAGGAAAGUUUAUUAAUGUGGCGAUUUAUGCAGAGAAAGCGAGAGUUAUCGAGAGAGGGCAAUUUGAUGAUGGCUUUACGUUGAAGUCGUGAAAAACAACGGCCAAGAAAUGUACAAAAAGUGUGCUGCAAGUGCAAAGUUGUUGUCGUUGUUGUUUUUUUUUUUUUUGCUCAUUAGAUUUGCCGUUCUCGUUGCCGUCGCCAUUUAACAUUACAUUAUUUAAUGUUUUUGUUUGAGUGAGCUCUAUGUAUAUUAUCGAAACUUUGCUUUCAGCCCUUAUUUAAUUGACACGAGGUUUACAUACUAAACAUUUAGUUCAGUUAUGCCCGUUCCGGGAUUUUAUGUAGAUCAUCUUAUCCAGAGCUAUCCAUUUACCAUUACAAGUUAGGACAGUGCGAGUCAUGCGAAAAAAUAUAUUUAUGUAAAAACAAACGAAAAAGCAGUAAUACGGAAAAAAAAAACAACUGAAAGCUGUACUAACCGUUGUAAGUGAGUGUUUAACCUUAAACAGCGCUUAACCCUUCGACGACUGCUGUCGUUUUCGUUCCAUAUUGAACGAUGCAUAUCUUCCUUUCUGGACCCAUUUAGCUUUCCGUUUAGGUUAAUAAAUUGGUAAGCAACAACGUCAGCAAAGAUAGAUCUCUUCUGCAAUACCUCGUUUUGGAUAUUCUGACCAACCCUGACAGAGUUACACUUGCAAAAACAGGUGACAAGGCCAAUUUCGUCGUUUACUCACUACUCUUUGAAAAUUAAAUUUGUCGCUUUCCUAACAAGUUAGCCAGCCACAAUUCCGUGCAAAAGAAAGAUGAUAAAGUAGGCAACAAUAAAGGCGGAAAAGAAGGGAAAAAAGAGAGCGAGAGAGAAAGACCAAGAUAGAUUGGUAAAGAGAGUCCAAAUUUUGGCUUUGCGCAUGCGUGGAAUACAGAAAAAGCGGUUUAAUUUCUCCAGAUUAGUCGAAAAAUAUGCCUUUUUCUUGCAAAACUCGUUUUUCGCAAUUCCUAUGCUAAUUAGCCAAAAACCAGUCCAAAGAAGAGGAACUGGUGAAAAAUUCGGUUUUUUUAUUGCUACUUGCCGGCCGUCAUAAAAGGGUUAAACCAAAUCUGUAACAAGUGAGCGCUUAACCCUGGGUCGGCGUCAGUAAAAUGAGCGCUUUAUAACCUUAAUCAGUGAGGGUCGAUCAAGACUGCGUAAUUCUGCAAAUAUUCCAGCAGCAAAACCUGACAUACCCAAAAGAAACUAUAUAAGUAGAAAAUGUUUUGCAAUUUGAUAAAACCAUGUUUUUCCAUGGCUCGCUUGCUCGCAGAUUGUACGGCUCCCAACACUAACGACCUUGGUUUAAAAUCGAAUAAGAGUGUUCUUGACGCGGUAACAUUCGAAAAUAGCAACUUUCUGCAAAGGCUUUAUUGAAUUUAAACCGCAGGUUGAUCAACUCGAGUCCCAUUCACCACUCUUUUUUCCAUAUUUUAAGGAAGUCGAGAUUAUGAUUAUUAAUCUUUUUUUCUAAGGUUUUGAAGACUCCGUCGUUGUGGGAAACAGCAGAAACCACUUGACUUCGUUAAGCAACUGGCUAGCACCUGUGGCUAAAGGCGUUUAUUCUCUCUGGAAGCGCUGUUGGCAUGCAUCUGUGGACGGUUGGGCUGGAAGUACUUUCCACUCACGAUGUGAUGGCAAGGGACCGACUGUAACAAUAAUAAGGGUUGGAAAAUAUGUUUUUGGAGGAUACACCAGUAUUUCAUGGGGUAAAAUAUUGUUGUUGAGAUAG